AAUCUCCUCUUGCUUUCUAAACUUUCAUAAAAUCAAAUGUCUUACUGAGGAAAUGACCUAUGAAAGGCAAGGAUGUCACACGUGUUUAAGACGGUGCAGGUCUUUAUAAUACGUCCUGUACCAAUAAAACGACUUGGCUAAUGCUCUAACAGAGAUAAUCAUGGCGACGUAAACAUGCCAAUUUCUAGAACCUAUUCGUCUGCUCUUGGUAGUAGGCGUUGAUAGGACAGGAGGCACCAAUUUCAGGUAGACUAUGAACCUCUCCAACCUCACAUCUGCUUCAGAAGUUGCCAGGUAUAAUUUGACUGAGUACAACAUCUUUAACGACAUUAUCCAGAACCAGGUAGUGCAAGCCCUCUUCUGCAUGAUAUACACCUGUAUUUUUGUGCUCGGCGUGUUCGGAAACGUGCUCGUGUGCUAUGUAGUGGGCCGCAACCGUGCCAUGCAGACGGUGACGAACCUGUUCAUCAGCAACCUGGCCCUGUCGGACAUCCUGCUGUGCAUCCUCUGCGUGCCCUUCACCCCUCUCUACACCUUCCUGGGCUCGUGGAUAUUCGGCAGUACUUUGUGCCACGUGGUGGCCUUCGCGCAGGGCACCAGCGUGUACAUAUCGACACUGACUCUCACGUCCAUAGCGGUGGACCGCUUCUUCGUCAUCGUCUACCCGUUCAAACCGCGCAUGAAGCUGGCGACGUGCACCAUCAUCAUAUCCUGCAUAUGGCUCUUCUCCGUGAUGGUUACUCUCCCGUACGGCGUAUACACCGUGCUGCGCGCUGACAGGAGAGCGUUCUACUGCGAGGAGCACUGGCCAUCGGAGAGGGUGCGGCAGGUGUACGGCGGUCUCACGGCGACGCUGCAGUUCGUCCUGCCCUUCUUCAUCGUCACCUUUUGCUACGUGAACGUCUCGCUGAAGCUGAACGAUCGCGCCAGGGCCAAACCGGGCAGCAAGAACUCGAGGCGGGAGGAGGCGGAUAGGGACCGCAAGAGGCGCACCAACCGAAUGCUCAUCGCCAUGGUGACCAUCUUCGGCGUCUCCUGGAUGCCGCUCACCAUCGUCAACCUGACCAACGACCUGUACAUGUCGACGGGCCGCUGGGAGUACUUCAACCUGAGCUUCUUCGUGGUGCACGCGCUCGCCAUGAGCUCCACCUGCUACAACCCGUUCCUGUACGCCUGGCUGAACGAGAACUUCCGCAAGGAGUUCAAGCAGGGUGCCAAAGCAUCUCGUAUGGGCUCAUUUCUUCACACAUCCAUUGCAGUCGUACAUCAUAUAUAG